CCACAACAACCCAGUCGCUCGUUGGCUUGCCUGGAGAGUGGUCACACUUUUUAAGUUCCUCGGUGCAACCUCGCGUUGCUUUGGUGGUGCAGGUCAUAAAUAAUUAUAAUUUUUUUCCCCAUUCUCUCGCGAGCUUCGUGUACAGUAUUUAUUGUGUGUGCAUUUUCUGCUGCUUAAACUGGUCUUUUUGAAGGAAGAGAUAAUGGCCUGCAAGAUGAGCCUAACUUUCGAAAACGGCACCGAAAUGCCGGCCCUCGGAUUCGGGACUUGGCGGGCGCCCAACGAAGAGGUAGAGAAAGCGCUGAACGAAGCCCUGGAAGCCGGCUAUCGCCACAUCGAUACGGCCCCGGUCUAUCUGAACGAGAAGACCAUCGGGAACGUGUUGAAGGAAUGGCUGGACGCGGGCCGGCUGACCCGCGAGGAGUUGUUCAUCGUAACGAAGCUGCCCCCGCACGGGACGAGGGCCGCCACGGUGGAGAAGUUUCUGCGGCGUUCGUUGGACGAUUUGCAGCUCGAGUACGUGGAUCUGUACCAUGUGCACGUGCCGUUUACGGUGCCGGAAGUGGACGGCCCGUUCCUGAUGGAUGACAACGGGGAUAUCAUGCUGGAGACGACCACGGAUCAUGUGGCGUUGUGGAAGGCCAUGGAGGAAGUGCAGAAGGCCGGCCUCGCACGCAACAUAGGCCUAUCGAAUUUCAACCAACGGCAGAUUCAAAGGAUCCUCGAUAAUUGCCAAAUCAAGCCGGCUAAUCUGCAGAUCGAGAACCACAUCUAUCUGCAGCAGCCGGAACUGGUAAAGUUCUGCAAGGCCAAUGGAAUCACGGUGACGGCGUACUCGCCGCUCGGAUCGAAAGGAAUCGAGAAGUUGUUGAACCGCGAAGUGCCCGACCUGUUGGACAACCCGGCGGUGAAGGAAAUCGCCGCCAAGCUGGGCCGGUCCUGCGCCCAGGUGCUGCUGCGCCAUCUGCUGCAGCGCGGGAUUUCGACGAUCCCGAAGAGCACGAACCCGCGCCGGCUGCGGGAGAACAUUGCGCUGUUCGACUUCGAGCUCGACGACGCGGACAUGGUGCGGCUGAACGCGCUGGACCAGAGCAUCCGGAUUUGCGACUUUGCGUUCUUUCCCGGUAUUACAAAGCAUCCAGAGUUCCCGUUUGCCACAGAAUCGGCCUGAAUAUUUUAAAAGGAAUUUCUCAUAUUUUCUUACGUAUUGAAAAAACACACGAUUAUUUUUUAAACAAUUAGUGUUAUUGAAAGCCUGUCACUUACCUACAUUGAGUAAAUUAAUUAGAUUUUAGUAUUUUAAAAAUAUACACUUUAAUAAAGUUAGAUUUCGCACAUA